AUGGAUAGAAAUGCCUUUCACACUUUAGUUCUCUUAACUAAGAAUAUUGGAGGUUUGAGCGAUAGUAAAAGUAUGUCAAGUAAUGAAAAGUUAGCUAUAUUUUUAAAUAUCUUGGCUCAUCACGAGAAGAAUAGAUCUAUCAAAGUUGAUUAUAUUAGAUCGAGAUGGAGCGUAAGUCAGGCUUUCAAUGAAUGCUUGUGCGCUAUUCUCAAACUAACCCCAUUGUUACUUGUUAAUCCUAAACCAAUACUGAAGGAUGAGACUGAAGAUCGCUGGAAAUGGUUUGAGGGUUGUUUAGGUGCACUAGACGGUACUUACAUUCCUAUUAGAGUUCCAACUCAAUACAAACCAAGAUACAUGGCAAGAAAAAGAGAGAUAGCAACUAAUAUUUUAGGAGUUUGUGAUAGAAACCUCAAUUUCAGAGAGAUGGAAGUGGAUCCCUUGGAUAGUGAUAUGAAAGAACAAGCGGAAUAUCAACACAAAAAUAUUGACGUUGUUGAAUCGUCGGAGGAAUGGAGCAGUUGGAGGAAUGAGUUGGCUCAACGAAUGUGGUAUGAAAGAACUAAUAAUUGA